AAUCGAGUGUAGAAUGUAGAUGUAAAAAGUAUCUGUAUCUGCAAAGCAGCUCCAAUCAGCAGCCCGGCCAAAACAAAAAUACGGGCCACUUGCCAUUUGAGUUUGAGCCACGUUAAGAGUCGUUUCGGAUCGGAAGCAGUGCGCGUCGCCGCCGCGUUGUCCGCUCGCAUUUCAUUCGUUUUCGCGUGUGAAAACCAAAACAGUAUCUUGCGAAUGCCAAGCAAACCAAAUACUUCAGCAAUACAUACAGCAGAUACAGAUUCUAAGCUCGCCCCGCUUCGAGAUAGUCAUUCGCCGGCCAAUCGUUGGAUCACUGCUUUCGCCGAACUUUGAAUGUGAAAACAUAAUUAUCCGAAACUCGGACGCGGAAAAGAUAAACUUAAACUCCAUCGAAUAGUAUCUCGCCCGCACUGGUUCUGCGUGGAAAGUAUCUGCGAGAUACUGUGUGCUGCCACAAAAUACUGAUGUGUAUUGUCACGUAUUUUGGCCGAUACAGCUUCUGAUACCAAUACCGGCUCGCGGGCUUCGACCACGAAAGUAACAAGCUAACAAUAAUAAUAAUAAGAGUAACAGCAACAACAACAACAAAUACAACAACAGAUCGCCCCACAAGGCCAAGAAGAAGCAUCUCAGAACUUCUGCCCUGGUUUCGUGUGUGUUUGUGUGUGUGUGUGUGUGCAUUUUUGCGUGCGAGUGUGUGGGGCUUUUUCGGCUCCCCAGCAGAGAACGACAAGCUCGCGUUCUGGUGUGUGUGUGUGUGUGCCAAAGCCAAGAAUCAAAGUGCAAAGCGAAAUUGAAUAAUUUCCCGUCUCUGUGCCUCGCAUUCGCUGUGUGUACCCCAAAAAGCGUAAAAAUAAAAUAAAGCUGAUAAAAGCCAUCGGCCAGCAAGUGCAGAAACAGUUAGCGCGGAGUGCGGUAAACAAAGGGGGCCGCUGCCACCAGCAACAACAACAACAACAACAUGUCAGGCUGCACAAUUGCUCGGCUUACAUAACCACUUGGAGCCGCCUCCUUGCGGAACAAACGAAAAUCGAGAAUCGAGAAUCGAGAAUCCAGAGUAGCUUCAAGUCCUCCUGCCAUGCAAUUUUCGAGCGUCUGAAGCCACCUCUCCGCACUAUCUCUCUGUCUCUCUCACCACCCCCACACGGCCCCCCAGUUUUUGUUUUUGUUUGAACGAGCCGCAGAAUGUCAACAUUAACUACAACAACCACGGUGGCCGCCUCCGUGUCGGCCCCACCCACGCCCACCACCACUGGCCUCGGAUCGGGAAGCUCGGCCCAAAACGGAAACGGCCGCACCGCCGACUGCCGCAAGUUCUCCCCGAACAUCUUCAACAAGAGCAAGUGCAGCCACUGCUUCCGGCAGCGGGAGGAGCACUCGGCAGCAGCCUUGGAAUGCAAUAGGCGAACCGCAUCGGCGUCGGGCCUGGCAGAACCAGCAUCGCGAAAGGUCUCCAAAUGCGGAUAUUUGUUUGUGGCGCCAGACUGGGACUUCAGCAAUCCUUUAUACAGAACAAAGCGCUGGCAAAGACGAUGGUUUGUUCUCUAUGACGAUGGCGAGCUGACGUAUUCGGUUGAUGAUUAUCCCGAUACCAUACCACAGGCCUGCAUCGAUAUGACCAAAGUUCUGGAGGUGACUGGGGCCGUGGAGGUAACCGGUCAUCCCCACUCCAUCGCCAUAACCACCCCCGAGCGGGUGACCUUCGUUAAGGGCACGAGCUCCGAGGAGUCGCAGUGGUGGCUCAAUAUCCUGGCCGCCUUCCCCAAGUCAAAGGGGCGCCAUAAGCGGAGUGCCACCCUGCCGGGCGGUCAGGUGGUGGGCAGUCUCCGUCAGAGUACGGGCAGCAGCGACCUGUCCCUGGCCAGCAAGCUGGUCAACCGGCACAGCUCCUACCACAAGGACACGCUCACGUCCUCCCAGUCGGCGGGCAAUCUGCUCAGCACCUUGGACCUGAGUCCCAGCUCCACAAAGGCUGGUGGAUCGACGCUGACCACCACUCAGUCGCCUCUGAACGACGACGAGGAGGACGACGGUGUGGAGACGGGAGAGGAUGUGGACGAGGAGGAAGACGAGGACGAGGAGGUGCCAAGAAAGCCCAAGACUGCCAGCACGACCACUUGUAUUGGCGGGCAGGACGAGAACAACCGGAAUGCGGGCAAUGAGAUCACCAAUCGUGUUUCCCAGCCCAGCACCUGCCUGUUAAUCGAGGACAUCCGACGGGAUGAGAAGACGAUUAAGGAUCUGACCAACACUAUCACCAACCUGAGUCAGCAGCAAAACAAACGAUGGUCCACGGCCAUGAACAAUGCUCUAAACAACCACCACUACAAUCACCACAGCCAGUUCCAAUCCUCUCGAGAUGAAACGGACUUCCAGGUGACCCCCACGAGUAACAAGUCCCAGGGAACCUCCAACGAGCGACCCAAGUCCCUGCCCUUGGCGGCCAACUCCACUCCAGCGAUCGUCUCUGCCAUAGUCAAGAAGAUUCCGACAGUUCUGGAACAGGGCGACAAGGGGAAGCCAGCUGCCAGGCUGCAGUUGCAACUGAAGUCACCGAAGCACUACCAGCACGAGCGCGGCGAUCCCGAUGGUGGCUGCAACCUGGACGAGAUGUGCGUCAACUACAUGACCAAGACGGACGAGCUCCGCGGUUCAGUCGGCAAGCAACCUAGCAGCAAGUCUGUCGUCGGGCAGGGUAAGCCUCCGGUAAAGGCAGCUGCGGAGGACUCGCUAAACGCCAAAAAGGGAUGGCUGAUGAAGCAGGACAACCGCACGGGAGAGUGGUCCAAGCACUGGUUUACUCUCAGCGGAGCGGCGCUCUUCUACUACCGGGAUCCCUUGUGCGAGGAGCGAGGCGUGCUCGACGGCGUCCUGGAUGUCAAUAGCUUAACUAGUGUCGUGGACGAGCCGACGGCCAGCAAACAGUACGCCUUCCAGCUGACCACCUGGGACAAGCAGCGGUUGCUCCUGGCGAGCCUGUCUCCUGGGUCCAGGAACAGUUGGCUGGCGGUGCUGAGAAGUGCGGCCGGACUGCCACAGCUGGAGACACCGCCUCCGCCAACGGAUAUCGAGCAGGACUUCAUCAAGGCGCAGCUGCAACAACAGCCGUCCUCUAGUCCCGUCACGCCCGGCACUCCGGCUGGACCGCCGCAUUUCUCUUCGGACGAGGAGUACCGUACCGCAUCAGAGGGCGGUCGGCGGGACAGUCUGGACUGGGGAUCCCCGCUCUCACCAUCGCCACCGGUGCUGCGAAGUUGCCUGCGGAACCGAAGCCUGGCCAGUCUGCACAAGAGGAGCCGAAGUUCGCCGCCCAGUUCUCGACGCAGCACCGUGGACAGUGUGGCCAGCGACGAGUUGCCCCUGUUGGUGGUGCCCGAGGAACUGCAGCCGUCCGAAAGCCGAGAGCUGAAGCAGCAAUGCGAGACUCUUAGGGCGGAGGCCUCCCUGAGAGAAGCCCGUAUGGCCGAGCUGCUGGCCACGCUCCAAAGGACCGAGCAGCAGCUGACGGCCAGGCUGCAAGAGCAGCAGCAGCAGCUGAACAGCGAACUGACCCAGGCCAAACAGAGUGCGUCGGAUCUGAUGCACAAUCUGGGCCUCCAGCUGACCGAAAGCCAGAUGCAGAUUAAGCAGCUGGAGGACCGCUUGGCCCAGGGAAUCGAGGAGAACGAGGGCCUGUACAAGCGGCUAAGGGAGCUGCAGGCUCAGGACAAUGGCGGGGGAGGCGUAGGUGGAGUUGGGGCCGCAGGACUGAGCAAUCUACAGCGACACAAGAUCAAGCGAAUGGACUCGCUUAGCGACCUCACCACCAUCACCGACAUCGAUCCCUACUGCCUGCAGCGGGACUCCUUGGCCGAGGAGUACAACGAGUUGAGGUCCCGCUUCGAGAAGGCCGUCAACGAGAUCCGGGCUAUGAAACGGGAGCUCAAGCAGUCCCAAAACCAGUACGACGCCCUGGAGCUGGCGCAGGCGGCGUUGCAACAGAAGCUGGAACGGCGGCAGCACGAAGACGGCGCCCAGCUGCAACUGAUGGCCGCCCGCAUCCAGGACCUUACCCUCAAGUACAGCAGCUCGGAGCGGCAAGUGCGAGCGCUCAAGCAGAAACUAGCCAAGUCAGAGAGGCGGCGUUCACUGUCACUAAAAGGAAAGGAGCAGCUCGAGCUGAAGCUGAGCGAACUGCAGCGCGAGACGGGGGAUCGCAAGGAAGGCACUCCACCCGAGUCCUCCAGCAGCGAGUCCAGCAGCCAGUCACCGCUGAACGCCCACCUGCUGCAGCGGCUGCAUAGUCUGGAGCACGUGCUUCUGGGCAGCAAGGAGCGACUGGAGCAGAGUCUGACCCAGCUCCAGCAGAUUCGCGCGGGCCAGCGCACGCGGCGCUCUGUCUCGCCCAUGAACGACCGCAAGGACGGUCUGCGCCAACUGGAGCGAGCACUGGCCGAGACCUGUGUCAUGGUCAGCGAGCAGAUGGAGCUCACCUGCCUGCAGGACGCCUGCCACAAGUGCUGCGAUCUGCGGCAGCGGGUGGAGAAGCUCUCGACCCUGCAGCAGCAGACGGAGACAGACCUGCAGCGUAGUGAGCAGCUGCUGGAGCAGCGGGAAAGCGAGCUGGCUCAGGCCCUCGAAAAAUGCGCCAGCCAGGAGCAGGAGCAAGAGCUGCUGCUGCAACAGCGGCAGGAGCUGAGCGAGGAGUUGAGUCGCCAGCAGGAGCGGUGCCGGCGCCUGGAGAAGCGGCUGGAGCUACUGGAGAGGGAGCAUGGAAAGCAGCUGGAGUGCCUGCGGGAGGUCUACCACAACGAACACGCCAGCGCAGCCGACGAGCAGAGUUUCCGAAAGCGAUACCAAACAGAGAUCGAGCAGCUAAGGACGCUUUGCGAAAAGGGAUUGAGUGCCAUGGAAACAUCGCAUCGGCGACUUACUUGCGACUUGGAGCAGAAGCACAAGCUGGAAAUUGAGAGACUGCUGGCCGAAAAAGAAACGGCACUGGCCGAGGAGACUCAGGCCACACUGGCGGCUCUGGAUGCCAUGAGAAAAGCUCACCAGAGCGAAGUGCAGAGGGAGGUGGCUCGCUUCAAGCAGGAGUUCCUGCGGCAAGUUCAGCGCGGGGAACACAUGCAGGGCGAUGGUGGCAAGCUGAAGGAGGAAGAACUCGAAGAGCUUCGAUUGGAAAUUCUCUCGUUUUCUGAAAAGUAUUCGAUCAAGUGUGUGGAGAACGCUGCCCUCGAGGAGAAACUGCAUCUGGCCAACAGCAAGCUGAGGCACUUCCAGCAGAUGCAACAAUUGGAACUGAGAAACAAGCAAUUUCGCGCCCACUUGGCUUCCGACGAUCCAGCAAACGAUGUGCACUUCGUGCAGGGGCUGACCACGGAUUCCAGAGAGGGUGCCGACUGCGAAGAUAGCGAGCCUGCACCACAAGUGCACCACAAGGCUGCAACUUCAACAAGAACCACAGUCACGGCCACAACCACCGCCACAACAACCAGGUCAGCGGCCUCAAGCGACACAGAGUCCAGUUCCGACUUAGAUGCACAUACGUAUCCAUCGCAGGCGCCAUCCGAGAAAAUGGAGCAAAGUCUCUUCGUAAUACCCUCCCAUAUGCUAAACUGUUCCCCCGUGCCUGCCGCUAGAAACGCUUCUGAUCAGAGCCCGGAGCGAGAUCUCGAUGGGCCCGGGGAUGGUUACGAGCCAUGCUACAGGCCCUUCGAUAUAUUCGCCAUCUAUCAGAAUCGUUUGAGCUUCCAAGGUCUGAAGGGCAGCUCCACGUUUGGCAAGAGCUUGCGGAAACCCACUGCCCGAACAUCACCAGCAUCAUCAGAACUAACAACGACAGCCACAGUAACCACAACCAACCCAAAUAAGCCCAGUCACAAGAAAAUUUUUAAAACGGCUGCCGUCAUUAACAUCCAGCAAGAAAAUCUCCAGGACCUCCAGGAUGUCCAGGAUUAUCUCCAGGAAGAAAAAGCACAAUGAACAAACAAUCACGGAUGCAAUAACCAAGAGCAAGAACAACAAACCGAACCAGUGGAUCAACCAAAGAAUAAUUAGUGCUAAUACAUAAUAAAUAACUGUAAUUAUUUAAAGUAUAUUAAUGAAAGCUACCAAAAUCGAACGGCACAACAUCAAGAUGUACAGAAUAACCCAAUAACACUUCUCAAACAAUGCGCAAAACUGGUGGAGAUUCUGAUGAGGAGGAUGAUGAUGUUGGUGAUGGGGAUGGUGAUGUGGCGGGCAGGCGACAUUUGAGGAGAUUUGAGGAGAUCCCACGGAGUUGAGCUAACACACGACUGUUCACCCCCCUCCAGGAGCGAUCUGGAAGGGACGUCGAGCAAUGAAGCAACUAACCCCAACCCCCAAAGGAGCAGCAACAACUGCCUCAUCAACAACACAACCACAAAGGCAGCUACAACGUUAAGAUUUUGGGCCAAAUUUAUGUAUUUAUCGUCUAUUCUACCAUUGUACUUGUAUGUUAUUCUAUUGUACGUCUACCCAAUUCUCUAUGUCCACAAAAUGUGUCAUUUAUUUAUGUUUACUUAGUCUUAGGCCUGCUUCGCAGCAGUUGGCAAGCAUAUUAAGCCCCAAGUUGUCCGAGCAACUUGGCUUGUUUGUUUCACCUUUUUUUCUGUGUGUAUUGAAUAUAUAUCGAAAUUGUUUUCAGCAUUAAACAUUAAAGUUGUAAAAGCAUUAAACAUUAAAAUAAACAUUUAAUUUUAUGCUUGUUUUGUUAA